UGUGACUCUCUAAGCGUCACGAUGCCACUCCUGUGAGGGGUAGAAAAGGAUAGGUCCUUCUCCAUCCUGAUACCAUGGCAACCACACCACUGCUCCCCAUCUGGAGCAUGGCCUCAGUGAAGCGAGCUUGCACUAGGGCCCCUGGCUCCCUCUGCGUCUUUUUUAUUUGUUCUUUCUCGAUCUUAGGUGAAUGAACAUCCCAUAGGACUGGUGGCAACCUUGUACUGUGCUAAGUGCUUUUACGAAUACAUAUUGGCUCAUUUGAUUCUCACGACAACACUGAAAGGUAAGUACCGUUACUCAUUCCUGUUUUACACUUGAGGCAACUGGGACGGACAGAGGUGAAGUGAUUUGCCUAGGACUGUGAUGCAGCUGGUUAGUGUCGGGCCACAUAUGAAAUCAGGUUUUCCUGACCCCAGGCCCAGAGUUCUAGCCAUUGAACCACCUGCAGCAGAAGGGCUAGAGCUGAUCAGGUGUGGCCACCUGUGGAGCACCAAUCCCAUGAGCUCCCGAAAGGAGGGGGCAAGCAUGCUGGUGCAAGGGAGGCCAGAAACAGAGUAGGGCAAAGCUCCUGUGUUAAUCAGCAGUGGGAUCAGGCGUCUGCCUGGCAAGGCAGCUGGACUUCCGACCUGGGUGAAAUGGGGAGCGCCAAUCUCAAAAUGAACAAAAAGAUUGUCCAGUUUCCGUUCUGAAUCAUCAAUUCUCCUUUUAAUUUUUCAUUAAAAACUCUAAUCGUCACUCUUUUUCUCUUCCUUCAGUUCCUUUAUUGAACUUUCCACCUACUGACGCUCUCGGGUCCAAUGCAUUCUCGCCUAGGAUUCUAGUUGGAGUUUUGGCAGAAAUCUCUCUUCUUCUGGAGUUUCAAACUGAGAUUUUUCUUACCCCAUCAUAUUUCUUCAGUGAAUUAGAAAUUGGUUUUGCUCAUUUCCUCUGCAUUUUUUGCUGUGUUAUCCCCUCCCCAUGGUGGCUUCCUUGGGAUGCAUUUGUUUCUUUUACUCAUUUUACUCAUCCGUUUUCUUGGUUAAAUGUGGUGCGUUUCCAGGUACUCUGAGGUGACAAUGGAAAAAAAUGAGGCUCAGAAAAUGGACUUGGGAGCAGCUAAAGGUAGAGCAGGAGAUGAUGUUAGAGAAGAUAAGAGAAGCUCACCAUGCUACUGUAAAGGAAGAAAUGAAGACCGAAAGAAGGGCAGAAUUGUCCUGGAGAAAGACUUAGCUGGGAGAAGACUUCAAAGGUCCUGUAGCCAUUUCCACGAGCGCUCGAGGCAGCAAGAGAAGCUGCCUUCCACGGAAGGAAAAUGAUCACCCGCUCUAAAAUGUCUAAGAACAAGAAUGAUGGGCCUGUGAGGAAAUCAGAACGCCUCAUGAAGAAGCAGCAGCAGCAGCAGCAACAGCAGGAGCAGCAGCAGCAGGAGCAGCAGCAGCAGGAGCAGCAGCAGCAGGAGCAGCAGGUUGCUGAGGAGCUGGAGAUCAAACAGGAGCAAGAGAUGAUAGCUGAGCCCAAGAGAAGAGGCCGGAAGAAGGCUACGCAGGUGGCAAAAGAUGAGAGCAGCGCUCCAGCUGAACGCCGUGGCAAGAUUGUCUCCAGUGGCCAGAUGGGCCCCAGUGGCGAGAUUGCCGCCAGUACCCAGAGUGGCGCCAGCGUCCAGAUCAAUCCCAGCAGCGAGAUCGAUUCCAGCAUCCAGACUGGCCCCAGUGGUCAGAUUGCUUCCCGUGGCCGAAGAAGACGCCGCCGGAGAGGGCGCCCUGCCAAGAUUGUCCAGGCUGACCAGAUUGACCCCCAAGGCCAGAGCAGCACCCAUGACCAGGUCAGCGCCCAUGACCAGGUCAGCAGCCAUGACCAGAUCGGCACCAAUGACCAGAUCGGCACCAAUGACCAGAUCAGCACCCGAGGGCGUGGCCGUGGUCGUGGCCGCGGGCGUGGCCGUGGCCGUGGGCGAGGGCGCGGGCGUGUGCAAUCACCUGGGCUUACUGGUUCCUCUGAUGAAGUUCUCCCUGUUGGCCUACUCGGCACCCGCAGCCGACCACGUCCUCAGUUCCAAGCUGGCCUCUGUGCCCAAGGCAGCACCUAUGACCAAGCCGGGCCCUAUGCUGAAGCUGGGCCCCAUGACCAAGCUGGGGCCCAUGCCCAAGCCGAGGCCUAUGAAGAAGCUGGCCCCCAAUCAUCUCAAGUACGUGUGAAGCUCCCACGCGGCAAGAAAGGCAUGAGAAAAUAUGACAAGAAAGGCCAGCUGACCCUGAAUGGAGAAGACCUCUGUGACUGCCUGGAGAGAGAGUGCGUGGGCUGCUUCUACCCAUGCCCCAAGUGCCAGUCCACCAAGUGUGGGCCCACCUGCCGCCGCAACCGCAAGUGGAUCUAUGAGGUCAUUACCAAUGAGGGCGGAGAAGUGGUCAGCACCUUCCCGUUUCCCCAUGCUAAGUAUUAAAGAAGUCAGGAGUCUCCUGCAGCUCUCCUCAGAGUCUCCCUUAUGCAGCUUAUAAAAUGGAAAAAAUAUAUUCAGAGAUAUACAUAUAUAUUUCAGAUAGUUAUGAGAUUCCAGAAGAGAAGAAUAUAUAUUGUUAAAGUGACAGCAGAU